AGGUAUUGUGAAAGAUUUUAGUUUACAGUGAAAAUCUACAGAGGAAGAGAUAGCGAAGGAGACAAAAGACAAUUAUUAAUAAUUUUCUUUUUUUUUUUCCUAUUUUUGUUUUUCAUUACAACCUUAACCUUGGUAUUGUGUUCUGUAUCUUCCCAGAUUUUUCUUCUCUUUGCUGUGGCUUCGUUGCCUUUACCUCUCUUUCUCUGUGUUUUCUCUCUCUCUCUCUCUUUCUCUUGCUCGAUUCAGUUUGAGAGGCGAGAAAACAAAAAGGAGCUGUUUUCUUUUUAACAGGGGUUUAUCACAAAGAUCCUUCCUUUGCUCCCAUUUUCUUAGGGUUUCUUUUUAUUUCAAUUCAUCUCCUCCACUGCCCCCAGAUCUCUGUCUCUACUCAUCCGCCAUUUGGCUGUUCAAUGAUUAGGGUUUUGUAAUUCGAACCAAAGCUAUUGGGGGUUUUACUGGUUUUGCACGGCAAAAGUUACGUAUUCAGCUCAUUCUUUUGCGGCGAAGUAGGGGUUUUUAGCCCUUUUUUUUAGGGUUUCUGCAAUUAUGAUCAAGCAGAUUUUUGGGAAAUUGCCCAGAAAGCCUUCGAAAUCAUCUCACAAUGACUCUAAUCCAAACGGAGAAGGUGGGGUUAAUUCAUAUUACGUACCUAACUCGGGUACUAGUAACAUCUCCAAGCCUUCCUCCAAAUCAAAUGGAGCAAAUGGGACUGUUGCUCCUUCCUCUACGAGCUCUAACAGAACCAAUCAAGUCAAUGGGGUUUACGAAGCUUUGCCAAGCUUUAGGGAUGUGCCCAGCUUGGAGAAACCUAAUCUGUUUAUCAAGAAAUUGAGCAUGUGUUGCGUUGUGUUCGACUUUAGUGAUCCGUCCAAGAAUCUGAGAGAGAAAGAGAUAAAGAGACAGACUUUGCUGGAGCUUGUUGAUUAUAUAGCAACGGUUUCUACAAAGUUGAGUGAUGCUGCGAUGCAGGAGAUUGCAAAGGUUGCUGUGGUUAAUCUUUUCAGGACGUUUCCUUCUGUGAAUCAUGAGAGCAAAAUCCUUGAAACGCUUGAUGUGGAUGACGAGGAACCUGCGUUGGAGCCGGCUUGGCCUCAUCUUCAAGUUGUUUAUGAGCUUCUACUCAGAUUUGUUGCCUCUCCCAUGACUGAUGCGAAGCUUGCUAAGAGAUAUAUCGACCAUUCGUUUGUCUUGAAGCUCUUGGAUUUGUUUGACUCUGAAGACCAAAGGGAGAGGGAAUAUCUAAAAACCAUUCUCCAUCGAAUAUACGGGAAAUUCAUGGUGCACCGACCUUUUAUCAGAAAGGCGAUCAACAAUAUCUUCUACAGGUUUAUUUUCGAAACCGAAAAGCACAACGGUAUUGCAGAGUUGCUUGAGAUUCUCGGAAGUAUAAUUAAUGGUUUCGCAUUGCCGUUGAAAGAAGAGCAUAAGCUCUUCCUUGUCCGGGCCUUGAUUCCACUCCACAGACCUAAAUGUGCAGCUGCCUAUCAUCAACAGCUUUCGUAUUGCAUUGUUCAGUUUGUAGAAAAAGAUUUCAAGCUUGCUGAUACCGUCAUUAGAGGCCUUCUAAAGUAUUGGCCUGUGACUAACAGUUCAAAGGAAGUUAUGUUUCUUGGGGAGUUGGAAGAGGUUUUAGAAGCAACUCAAGCAGCUGAGUUUCAGCGGUGUAUGGUUCCUUUGUUCCGUCAAAUCGCCCGAUGCCUCAACAGUUCACAUUUUCAGGUGGCUGAAAGGGCUCUAUUUCUAUGGAACAACGAUCACAUAAGAAACCUGAUUACUCAAAACCAUAAAGUGAUAAUGCCAAUUGUCUUCCCAGCUAUGGAGAGAAACACACGGGGCCAUUGGAACCAAGCAGUUCAGAGUCUGACUUUAAAUGUGAGAAAGGUACUGGCAGAGACAGACCAAGUUCUGUUUGAUGAAUGCUUAGCAAAGUUCCAAGAGGAUGAAGCAAAUGAAACCGAGGUCGUAGCCAAACGAGAAGCAACGUGGAAGCUUUUGGAAGACUUGGCAGCUUCCAAAUCCGUAAGCAACGAGGCAGUGCUCGUCCCCAGAUUUUCAUCUUCGGUUACUCUCACAACCGGUAAAACUUCGGGUAGUUGAACACUUUCUGCUCUUAAUUAUCGAGACAAUACUUUUAAAUGAUCCAGCAGAGUUGUAUCAAAUACAUUUCAAGCAUCAGGAUAGGUCCUUGAAGGGAGAAGAUAAAGCGCGAUGAUCAAGAAGGGUAAUACUAAUACCAUCAGUGAAUACUUUUUAUAUGACAAUUUUUCAGGUUUCUGGAUUCAAUUGUUUGUUUUUCCUGAGCUUUUUUUUUACCUUACUCAGCUCAUAUAGAGGAGUUGGAAAAACAAUAUGUAAUAUGGCUUAUAGAAAUAGUUCUUGAGAGAGACAACUGAACAAUUAUUCGUAUUGUAUUGUGAAAUGAAUUGUGUUUUAUGCAUUGAACUUGAACUA